AUGAAGACAAGGCAGGCCGUCGCUCUCCAGGCCUCAUACAACCGUCCGCGUACCGGUAACUUUACCGGUAUGCCCAGGGAUGCAUCCUUUCCUCCGCUCAGUCUCGAUCGAGCCAAGCCGACUCCUUUGCUUCACCCACAACCCUUUGAGCACACGGCAAUCUCGCAGCAGCACCUCGCAUGA